UUGAUUGAAAGUUUGCGGAAAGUUAUGAAGAAAAAUGGAGCCAUUGGUUUAGCUGCACCUCAGAUUGGCGUUCCAUUAGCUGCAUUUGUGAUGGAAUUGUCAUCAGAUGCACAAAAACGGGUUCCAAAAGAUGAGUGGAAGGUCAGGGAAAUGGCGACUAUUCCUUUCACUGCAGUGAUAAACCCUCAAAUUCGUGUGUUGGAUAACACUGUGAUCAAGUUUCCGGAAAGCUGUGAGUCCAUGAAAGGUUACUCAGCAGUUGUGCCGAGAUUUUACAAAAUCUUCUUGAAAGAGACGAGGACGGAUCUUGAUGAGGAGAUGCUGGAGGGGAGGGAAUCUGAGGUGGAGGACUCAUUGCUGGAUCCCGGACGGGCGCGCAACGUUGUUCUCAGGGCCCAGCUUCACCGAAGAGACGCGACGACCGGUAGCAGUUCGACGAGACCCCCGGAACGCAGCAACCCGCGGAAAAAGUCCCGACCACCCGGGUCCGACUCUGCCCUCGAAUACACCUUCAUCAUCAAUCUGGACGAACUCAGACGCCGGAGCACCUUCAAACCCAGGCCUCCUCGCCCGACCAAGAAGCCGAAACACUUGGACAUUGAAUACGUCAAGUCUCCGAUCAUCAUUGGUCGAGACUCGGAAGAGAGACGAGCCUUGUUGGAAGACCUGUUCAAGUCCAAGGAUGAUGCCCCCCGGAAACCCGAGGUUUCGCAUUUGAGUCGACAGGAUCCCCGUGCCGGGUUCUUUAUGGACGCGCUUCGUCAACUCACUUCCGGGAAUCUUCCGAAAUUGAAUGUGCAGCAACAGAAUGAAGACGACGUUCAGAAACCCGUCAAGAAACGGCCACCGAGUCCCGAAAGCAAACCUGCUGUGAUUCCCACGACGAAAAGAAAAGAGGAUGGAAGUAAAUCUGGGAAUCGCAAGAAGAAGGCCAAGGAUCAGAAGCGUUUGGAUUUUGAAAUCACGUUGAAGUUGCCGAAAGAACUCCAGCAGUCGGAUUUUCUNCUCACUGAUCCCGGACGGGCGCGCAACGUUGUUCUCAGGGCCCAGCUUCACCGAAGAGACGCGACGACCGGUAGCAGUUCGACGAGACCCCCGGAACGCAGCAACCCGCGGAAAAAGUCCCGACCACCCGGGUCCGACUCUGCCCUCGAAUACACCUUCAUCAUCAAUCUGGACGAACUCAGACGCCGGAGCACCUUCAAACCCAGGCCUCCUCGCCCGACCAAGAAGCCGAAACACUUGGACAUUGAAUACGUCAAGUCUCCGAUCAUCAUUGGUCGAGACUCGGAAGAGAGACGAGCCUUGUUGGAAGACCUGUUCAAGUCCAAGGAUGAUGCCCCCCGGAAACCCGAGGUUUCGCAUUUGAGUCGACAGGAUCCCCGUGCCGGGUUCUUUAUGGACGCGCUUCGUCAACUCACUUCCGGGAAUCUUCCGAAAUUGAAUGUGCAGCAACAGAAUGAAGACGACGUUCAGAAACCCGUCAAGAAACGGCCACCGAGUCCCGAAAGCAAACCUGCUGUGAUUCCCACGACGAAAAGAAAAGAGGAUGGAAGUAAAUCUGGGAAUCGCAAGAAGAAGGCCAAGGAUCAGAAGCGUUUGGAUUUUGAAAUCACGUUGAAGUUGCCGAAAGAACUCCAGCAGACGACUGAAGACAAAAUCAUGCUGGGAUGUCUGUUUGGAAGACCCGUGAUAUUUCUGGUGUUCUUUUGCCGGACUUUAGCUGAUGGUUUUCCAGCUUCCGGUUCCAAGUACCACACGGUCACACGUCACGUGUAUUUGGACGUGAAAAUCGGCAAUAAUAAACCGGACCGCGUCACGAUUGGGUUAUUUGGAAAUUCGCAUCCGAGAACCACGGAAAACUUCGUGAGACUCGCCACUGUUGGCAUCAAUGGUGAUCCUUCGCUCAGCUAUCGCGGGACUAAAUUCCAUCGAGUCAUUAAAAGGUGGGGUUCCAAGUACCACACGGUCACACGUCACGUGUAUUUGGACGUGAAAAUCGGCAAUAAUAAACCGGACCGCGUCACGAUUGGGUUAUUUGGAAAUUCGCAUCCGAGGACCACGGAAAACUUCGUGAGACUCGCCACUGUUGGCAUCAAUGGCGAUCCUUCGCUCAGCUAUCGCGGGACAAAAUUUCAUCGAGUCAUUAAAAGGUUCAUGAUCCAAGGAGGUGAUGUGGUGAACAAGGAUGGGACAGGAAGACCUUGGUCUGCACUCGGUUCCCCGAUGUUUGAGGAUGAAGUGUUUGCCGUGAACCACACCGUCGCGGGUUUCGUUUCCAUGGCGAAUUCCGGCCCGGACACGAAUGCUUGUCAGUUUUUCAUCACCGUAGGUGGCGCUCCUUGGCUGGACGGGAAGAACGUGGCAUUUGGAAAGGUGAAAAUUGGAGUGCAAGUAAAAGCGAGAGGAAGAGGAAUAGUUGACGAGAAUGCUGCUUCGGAGAGGAGUCGGCCAGGGCCAAGUGGAACCUGGCUUCUGCCAAACGCACCAUUGAAAGCACGUGAUGGGUCCGGAUUUCCUGGUUCCGGUCGUUGAUCUUGUCCAUCAGCUUCUGCACUUCAGUUUUGCAUUGCUGCGAGAGGAAGAGGUGAUCGGACGUGUGAAAUUUGCUCGGGAAGGAAGAAUUCAAGAUGUUGGAUCGCCAGAACCAAAUCAUCUAGUUGUUCAAGCGCAGCACUACCACUCUAACCGAACGAGGGUACACAAGAAACCCUACCCCGCCGAAGGAUUCCCCCCAAACGAGGGUAGACAAGAAACCCUAAGAGGGUAGAAAAGAAACCCUAUUCCGUCGAAGGACUACUCCCAAAACAAGGGUAGACAUGAAACCCUUCCCCGCCCUACUUCUCCCAUUCAUUGGCGGCAGCAUGGCGAGAGACUCUUCACGAUCGACGGAUUCGUGUCCCUCUUGUCAAUGACUCUGUCUGUGAAUGGGAGGGUUCACCCACCCAAAAAAUGACCCCCCAUUCAUUGGCAGUAGAAUGAUGUGAGAUCAUUCACGAUCGAUUGAUUGUGUCCCUCUCGUCA